AUGCAUCAAUUUCUGGCUGGAACCUACUUAACAAUCCAGGUGACAAUUCCUUAUAAGCAGUAUUCAACUGAUCAUGGAUUAUUUUCAAUAUUUCUUUAUCUAACAUUCCUGGAUCUUUCAUCGAAUUGCCAUUUCACCGAAAAAAAUCAUAAUUCAUCGACUAUACGCUUCAUUGAUACACAACAGGAAACUGAAUUUCCGUUCACACGAUCAGGAAGCAAUAAUAGUUCAUCAACAAUUUACAGUUCAUAUUGUGGUCAUGUUUAUCAUAGGAACUGCAUCCUCAAAUGGAUUGAGAAAAGUUCAAAUUGUCCGGAGUGUAGACAAGAAAUUCGGAGUAAAAGUGAUUUUCAUAAAAUUUAUUUUAACGUUAAUCCCAAAUGUGAUGGAUUUGAGGCAAGCGAAGACGAUCCCGAGAAAAUUGUCAUGCAGAAGAGAACUGAAAAAUUAACAAAGUACAUAAAGUGUGUGACCAAAGAGCUUGGUCAUGUUGAAUUAAAGUUUGAGAAGCUAAAGCAGGAAAUAUCGAAGAAAGAUCAAGAAAUAGCUGAGCUUAGAAACCUGUUGAAUGUGGAAAGACUCUGUGUUCCGAUGCGAAGGCAAACUCUAAAGUGA